AUGUCUCCUCUGACUCGCCCCGGCAGCAGCAGCAGCCAAGUUGUGGCGAGAGCCUUGAGCCUGGCAGCGAUGGCGUUUGAGACCAUCAAGAAGAAGUUCAAGAUGCUGCAGAGAAGGUCCUGGAAGUCCACCGAGGUGUACGCAGCUGCUACCGCCAUCACGGCGCUCGAUGUUGGGAUCGUCAGCUUCCUCCGGCUUCCCUCAGGAAAUCUUCUCGUGGAGAGCUUCCCGCUCAUCACCAACAGCAUCCAAGGAGCAGGGCUGGUCUUCGCAGGAGAUCUCGUGUCACAGGCAGUAGUCAAGCACCUGCAGGGGACUAAGGAGUUUCUCCUGGACUGGACGCGACUAGCGAAGGCAAGCUUGGUUGGUGUUAUCAACGUUGGUCUUUGGCCCUACUACUGGUACCUCGCCGUAGAGACCUUCCUCCCAGCACAGGCUCCGACCGGCUUCGGUCUCCCGGUGUGGCUUGGGGAGUGGGGUCUGCUGCUCGUCAAGAUCGUCCUCGACUCGAUCAUCAACGGCUCUUUCUCCAUCUUCUCUUCCUUCUCCCUGUGGUCCCUCAUGGAUCGUGACACCGUCGAGCAGUGGAAAGACAAGUUCAGGAACAGCUUCAUGGAGACUUGGUUGAUGGACUGGAAGUCUUGGCCCCUUUACAACAUCCUCUGCUUCACCAUCAUCCCCUUCCGCCUGCGGCCCAUGACCAGCGGGAUCGCUUCCAUGUUCUGGAACGCCUACGUCAGUCACCAGAGCCAGCGAGUGAACGCGCACAAGGAGUGA